AUGAUGAAUCAAUUUGUAUCUACUAUCGAUUAACUAUUAGUUAUCAGCGAAGAAUAUAAGUAUAAUUAUCAACCUAAGUAUAUAAUUAUUUUUAAAUCAGUGCUUAUGUAAAUGUAAAAUUAUUGCAGAAUCCACUUAAUAAUACUUAUUAAGGAUUGUUAUUUAGUGAAUCAUUCUAAAUUGAAUAACUAUCUUAAUCAUAUAUUGAAGUAUCUGACAUUUAAGAACAUAUUUAUGAAGCAUGUAGAUUUUUUGGAUAUUUCUAUGGAAUAUUUACUAUUCAAUCUAAUAAACCAUCUAUGGAACUACUAAAUAAUACUUUUCAAGGGAAUCAUACAUUUUAAUUAACAUUUAGCAAUUAACCAAUAACUGAAAGUCUAUUCUCCUCAAAAUAUUAUUUAAAAUUAGUUACUACAAAUAGUAUUGAUAUUUGA